GUUCCCAAACAUCAGGCGAAAGGACCAGAGCGCUGCAGAGGAGGCAUUUCCCCGAACAACAGACAACGCUUUUACUUUCAUUUCCUCAGACUGCAGAGGGAAGGCCCUGUCACCAUGGCUGCUGCUGCCGCCGCUCCUUGUGUUGUUUCAUCUACCAAAGGCAGCCUAAGAGAGGAUCUGACAUGUGCCAUCUGCUGUGACUUGUUCCGGGAGCCUGUCAUGUUGGCCUGCAUGCACCACUUCUGCAAACCCUGCAUCUCCAGGUACUGGAGAGGAACACAGGGGCCUGUAACCUGUCCUCAGUGCCGAAAGGAGUUCAGCUGUAGGAAUUUUCAAACCAACUACCUAGUCGCAGCCAUGGUGGAGAAGGUCAGGGCCACGACCUCGGACACUUACAUCCAAAACCUAAAGAAACAACUGAAAGAGACUUUGGAGAGCUAUCGCCUGAGGAGGGAUGACCACAACAACAAUAUUACCAGAGACAAAGGCAAGAUGGAUACCAUAAAGAGGUUCGGAGCAGAUCUGCAGACUCGUGUCAAAGGGGAAUUCAGAGCUCUCCAUCAGAUCCUGGACGAUGAGGAGACAUGUAUGCUGGAGCAGCUAAGGAGAGAGCAGGAGGAGGAGCUUCAGAAGGUCGAGCGCCACCUGGAGGCCCUCAAGGUGGCCGUGAGGGAGCUGGAGGAGAAUAUGAGGAUGCUCCAACAGGCUAGCGCUGCCACUGAGAACACAGUACUGACUGAGCUACCACAGCUAAGACCAUGUGUGCAGGUGGAUGUUGCCCCAGAGUUUGAUAUAAAUGCUUUCAGCAACAAAUACAUGGCCCCAUUACAGUACAUCACAUGGAGAAAAAUGUUCAAGUCUUUGAAGCCAGGUCCUUCCCCAUUAACAUUUGAUGUUGAGUCAGCGCACCCGAGCAUUAGAGUGUCCAGGGACAAAACCGUGGCAGUCGAAUGUGACGGCAUGAUAUUGCACAUGGACCACAACAAGCGUUUCCUCCAGUGUGUUAACAUUCUGGCUGCCCAGGGCUUCCAGUCAGGCCGACACUACUGGGAGGUAGAGGUGGGCUCCAAGCCCAAAUGGGACCUAGGCGUGGCCUCAGACGCCGUAGACAGACAUUCGCGGAUCAAGCUGAGUCCUGAAAGCGGAUACUGGACUCUGCGACUCCGUAACAGGAAUGAGUACUCAGCCGGCACCCAGCCCUGGACUAGGCUGCAGCUCAGCUCUUCCCCUGAGAGGCUCGGUGUCUUCCUAGACUGCGAGGAGAGGAGGGUGUCCUUUUAUAACGCAGAUGAUAUGAGCCUGCUCUACUCAUUUGCCAAUGGGCCGAGGGGCAAGGUGUUCCCCUUCUUCAGCCCUUGUAUUAGUGGCAGCAGUCAAGAACCUCAGCCUAUCAAACUCCUCCACUACCCACCUGUCGCUCUGUCUGGCUAACAUGGCUGCAAUCAAUAAAAGCUUGUCAGUAUAUAAGAGCUGUUCAUUCACUUAUUGACCAAGCGUUGUAAUUACCCAACUAUUAAAAGACAGCGAUGCCCUUGUUUGCAUUAUGGUGCCAUAUCGCCAUACUGUUCUCUUAUUAUCCAUGCUUUAAUUACAGGAUACCACCAGAUGCUUCUAUUCUCAAUUUGAACUGAACCUUAAGGGCCUUGAAAUGUUAUGAAAAUUGCAAUGCUCACCAUAUAAAAAAUUCCAUCAUGCUGUAAUCAUUCUGAAGGGGCUCAAUCAGUUUCCAGGAGCAAUCAGCAGAAACCCAUUAAAAAACCCAGUAUUUAACCAUUUUGGCUUCAAUAUAGCGGAGCUCAGGUGCCUGUAAUUACAUUCCUACUUAAGUCCUACUGGCUAUACACUGUUCAACCAAGUAUCUGUUAUAGAUGUAGAUAGCUGACUUUUCAAUCAUCUGAGUAAUUCUCUCAUUAAGCCAGACUGUCUGUAGGUUUACUUGUAAAAGGAUUUUUGAAUCACACUUGAGUUUAAUCAGCAAGGGUUUUUUUUUAUUACUUUGGAUUUUGUGUCUGAUUAAAUGGUCCUUCAUGCUUUAUACAUUUUAUUUUAGAUUUUUUUGUGAUUACACAGAUGUAACUUUACUGCACCUUAUGAGUUCUGUAGCUGACUGUAGCAGCUUCUGUUGAUUUGUCAUGAUUUGUAUGUUCAUUUAUAAUAUAUGUGCCUAAACUAGAACACGUGGUAUAAUGCACUUGAUUGUUAAAUUGUUAAGACUGAAGGAAAUACUAAGAUGCAGUAUAUUCUAUAUUGUUAUGUCAAUUACAUGCUCUAUCAUUUACUGAUUAAAAACAAAACAAUUACUGUAAAAAAAAAAUGCUGAUGUAGAU